GUUCAAACGGGUGCGAACCUUUGCUGCAACAAGUUGGUGAUUGCAUUGUUGUAUCUAAAACUUUAGAGAGCGCGUACGCAUGUGCUUUGCCAUUCGGUCAAUGAAGCACAAGGCAAUACAGCAGCAGUGCCUAUGCAAGAGAGAAAACUAUGGUUUGCAACCUUUUCGCCGUCUAUCUUGACUUAACUUCGUAUAUGGUCUCGUAUAAAAAGUCAUGGCCCUCGGUCACUUGGCGGCAUUUAAUUAAGAGAACUAACCCUACACAGACACUUUUUUGGAUUACUGCGUUGACCUGUAACAUUCAAGCCGAGGUUCAGCAUAAUGAAGGUUUUCGUGUGUUUUUGUGCCUUAAUGGCCGUGGCCAAUGCAGGAAUAUUAAAUUUCGGCGGUGGAGGAAGCGGUGCAACUAGUGGCGGUUAUGGAGCUUCCGCAGGCGGCCAUAGCCAUGGACAUACUGGUGGUGGCAAUAAAGUAUACAAAGUGAAAUUCGUAUCUGGAUCUUCUGGCGGUGGACACAAUGGUGGUGGUGGCUUCAGUGGUGGUGGUUCUGCUGCUCAUGGUGGUGCAAAUGAAGUUAUUAAAGUAAUUCAUCAGCAUUCGUCUGCAGCUGCCAAUGGUGGCGCAGCAGCAGGUGGCCAAGGCGCAUCUGGAGCUUCUCAAGUAAUUAAGGUUAUUCACCAUGGUUCAGCAGGCGGCACUAGUGUUGGACAUUCAGCUGGUCAUGGACAUGGUUCUGGAGCUGGUCAUGCUCCCGCCAAGAUCGUCAAUGUUUACCAUUCGUCGAGCGGAAACAGUGCAGCUUCGGGUGGUGCAGGCCAUCAUCACAGCCAAGGUGCUGCAAAAGUUAUUCGUGUAAUUCAUGAAACAGGCCCGCAAUCCCAAGCUCAAUCUUUUGGCGGUGGGCACUCUUCCGCAUUCUCCCAAUCCGCUGGCGGUCCAGUAUCUUCAUACGUUCCACCUGUUUAUCAACCAGAACAACUGAAUGUAAAUGGUCCAGCCUACAUUCCACCUGAUCAGCAGCAGGCGCCACCAAGCUUCAAUGGUCCUGCCCCACUUGGUGGUCCAACUGCUUCUUAUAUUCCACCUGUUCAGCAGCAAGCACCGCUGGGUUUCAGUGCUCCUGCCCCAAGCUUCAAUGGUCCUGCUCCUGGCUUCAACGCACCAACUACUGCUUAUAUUCCCCCUGUCCAGCAGCAAGCACCUCAAGGUUUCAAUACUCCCUCUACAGGCGUUAGUGGACCCGCUUUUCAGCAGCAAGCACCUGCCGGGUUCAGUGCUCCUGCCCCAAGCUUCAACAACCCUGCACCUAGCUUCAAUGCUCCAACCUCUGCUUAUAUUCCACCUGUCCAGCAGCAGGCACCUCAAGCUUUUAAUUCUCCUGCCCCAGGCUUCAAUGGACCUGCUCCAGGUUUCAGUGGUCCUUCUCCUGGUUUCAAUGGUCCUGCCCCUGGAUUGAAUGCUCCUGCUCCAACAUCCUCUUAUAUCCCACCUUCAUAUCAAUCUGCUCCUGCUCCAACAUCCUCUUAUAUCCCACCUUCAUAUCAAUCUGCUUCAGCUCCAUCUUCUGCAUUUACCCCUCCCGUUCCAGAGUUGUCAUACGUUCCACCACCACCAGAGCCAGCACCCGUUUUCCAUUCACAAUAUAACGCCCCCAAUUCACAGUAUAAUGCACCUGCGCCUUCUGGCUUAUAUGAAGCUCCUGCAUCGGAAUACACGAAUCACCUACCUGCUUCAAAUUAUGGUGCACCAAAUUAUUAA